GCGCUGAGGGCCGGCGCAGGUGGCGCCAGUGCGGGCCGCCGCCGGCGGUGGAGGGUGGCCGGCGGAACGGCGGCUCUCCGGCGCGACGGGCACACGGCCGCGUCAGUUGUCUGAGCUCGCUGGAGACGGGUGGGUGCGCUGUUCCACGCUCCGUGCCAUGGUCCUCGCGCGGUGACCGAAUUAGAGCAAGAUGCGUGUCUCGGCUGUGAUACUAGCGCUGGUGGUUGUGGUGAGCGCUGCGGACGAUUAUUGCGAGCCGACGGCGAAAGAUUCGCUGCGGUGCUCGCUGGGCACACUGGACUCUGGGCGCGUCAAUUCGACGAGUCCGAGCGAUGUUAAACACCUGGAGAUUACCUGCACAGAGCGAUCGUACUUCCACGAGUUCUUCGAUCUGUCAUUCCUGCAGAGGUUCGUCAGUCUUCGGUCGCUGAGCAUCGCUCACUGCAAGUUCAGCACGGUGAGGCCAGGAGCGUUCCUGGGAUUCCCUCAGCUCCAGUCUUUGAGUGUGCGCACCUACAACACCGAGUGGUCGUCAGAGCAACUGCUGCUGGAACGCGGCUGCUUCGAAGGCCUGCGGUCUCUGGAGACGCUGGAUCUGGGCGGCAACAACCUCUGGUCGCUGGAGGAGGACGUUCUCGGUGGACUACCGGCGCUGAAGCAACUGAACCUCACCGGUAACAAGUUCCAGGCUCUGUCUGAGCUGCAGCCGGCUGGCGUCAAUGACGGCCUGCAGGUUCUGGACCUUUCACACAACAACCUCCUGGAGGUGCCGUCCACCGGUGUCAGGGCGCUGCCCGCUCUCAGGGAGCUCUACCUCUCCGGUAACGAGCUGGCCGUGAUCCACGACGGCGCCCUCAGCGGUCUGCGCAAGCUCCAGGUCCUGGAUGUGUCCAGCAAUCAGCUGGUGGCACUGCCGGCCAUGAUGUUGAACGAGACUCGCCAGCUGCGUGAGCUGCGUGUCCAGAACAACAGCAUCCGCGUGCUGCCGCCUGGCCUGCUGGCCGACCUGCCGCACCUUCUCACCGUCAACAUGUCGAGCAACAGCUUGAACGCGCAGUGGAUCAGGAAGGACACGUUCGCCGGCCUGUUUCGUCUGAUUGUCCUGGAUCUUUCAGGUAACCGGCUGGACUCACUGAGUCCAGACGUGUUUGAAGACCUCUCCAGUCUUCAGGUGCUAGAUCUGAGCAACAACCAGCUGCAGACACUGCCGACAGGUUUGUUCACGUCUCUGAGCAACCUGCAUACGCUGACGCUCUCUGGGAACAGCCUGAAUCGUCUAGAGCCCGGCUUCCUGGCUGGUUUGCACGUGCUGAGCCGACUCAAUCUUGAUGACAACCGGCUGGCCGCCCUCAGUCCAGAGGUGUUCACGAAUGUCACAAGUAUCGAACAGCUCAGUUUGGCUGGCAAUGAGCUCAUCUUCUUCCCAGAGGCAAUCAACCGACUCACGUAUCUCCAGCAGCUGGACCUCAGUGCCAACUUCAUCGGAGACAUCGCCGGUGAGACGCUCAGGCCCUUGAAGCACCUCAGCUACCUGCGUCUGGCACAAAACAAGCUAACAAACAUAUCCGCGCACCUGCUGUCCAACCAAAGCUCGCUCACUAUGCUCGAUUUGUCUCAGAAUGAGAUUGCAAGCAUCGACAGCGGCGCGUUUGACAAGGCCACUAACCUGAGGGCAGUCCGUCUGGAUGCUAAUCGGCUGCACAAUAUCAACGGCCUGUUUGCGAAGUUGCCGUCAUUGCUUUGGCUCAAUGUGUCUGACAAUCAGAUCGAGUUCUUCGACUAUGCCCUCAUCCCGACUGAGCUGCGCUGGCUGGACAUGCACAAGAACCAGCUGCGCGAAAUCGGCAACUUCUACAACCGCGAGUCCAAAAUGAAGCUGGAGACACUGGACCUCAGUCACAACCAAGUGUCUCUGAUCACCAGCGCUUCCGUUCCCGACAGCAUCAAAUACUUCAUCAUUGCCGGCAACCAGCUACUGACCGUGGAGCCGGGAACGUUCGAGAACAAAUACCAGCUGAUUCGUGCCGACCUGUCCUCGAACCAGCUGAGUGAGCUGGAUCUGAACGCCGUCACUCUGCCCGUCCCUGAAGCUGCGGAAGGCGAGGACAACGAAUCGGUUGCCGAGCUUCUGCUGGCUGGUAACCCGUUCUUCUGCGAUUGCAACAUGGACUGGCUGCUCAGGGUGGACACCAUGACGCCCAAGCGGAAGUUCCCGAAGGUCCUGGACGGAGACCGGGUGAUGUGCCGCCUGCUGCACUCGCCGAACCGUCUGACGCCGCUGCGGAAGACAAAACCGUCCGACUUCCUCUGCAACUACGAGCGCCACUGCUUCGCCCUCUGCCACUGCUGCAACUACGUGGCCUGCGACUGCGAGAUGAAGUGUCCGGACGGCUGUUCCUGCUACCACGACCACACCUGGAACACCAACAUGGUGGACUGCAGCCGCAGAGAGCAGGUGGCGAUCUCCCGCGAGAUCCCGAUGGACGCCACGGCUGUGUUCGCUGACGGCAAUAACAUCCGCAGCCUCGACAGUCACACCUUCAUCGGCAGGAAGCGCAUUCGCCACCUACAUGUCAACAACUCUAACGUCGAAGAGAUCCAGAACCGCAGCUUGAACGGUCUCUCUGCUCUUCAAGUUCUCCGCCUCGAGAACAACCUCAUAUCCGAGAUCCACGACUUCGAGUUUGAGAGUCUGUCAUCGCUCCGUGAGCUGUACCUUCACAACAACCGGCUGCGCACCAUACAUCCGUCGGCGUUCUCCAAGCUCAGAUCUCUCGAAGUGCUCACUCUGAGUGGGAACGAGCUGACCACCUACCCAGUCUGGCAGCUUUCAGCCAACUCCUACCUGGUGGAGCUGGCGCUGGCCAACAACCCGUGGUCCUGCGAGUGCUCGUUCUCUGCACGUCUCACCAGCUUCCUGGCUGACAAUCACGCCAAGGUGGAGGACGCCGACUCCGUCCAGUGUGAGUACUCUGGGACAGCGCCUGACUGCAGUGCCGAGCUGGCCAACAAGUCGGUCCGCCGAGCCGAUUCCUCGCGACUGCUACCACUCGUCCUGGUCGGUAUCAGCGCGUUGGCCGUCGCCGCCGUCACCGCCUGCCUCGUCUUCCGCUACCGCGCCUGUGUGUGCGCUAGGCGGAAGGCCGCGUCAAGGAAGCCGUCCUACAUGGAUGCCGUCGGCGUGGCUGCCGUCACUCCUGAUGUGGACAAGCUGUACGAUGUGUUCGUCACCUAUAGCGCUCAGGACACGCGCUUCGUCAAUGAAGCGCUAGCUCCUGAGCUAGAGCAUGCGGCGCCGGCCCUGCGGCUGUGUCUUCUGCGUCGUGACGCGCCCAACACCAGCUACCUGGGCGACGCCGUGCACCACUGCGUGCAGGCCUCGCGCAAGACACUGCUCGUCGUCUCGAGGAACUUCCUCGACAACGAGUGGUGCCGGUUCGACUUCAAGGCGUCUCACCUGGACGCUCUGCGGACUUCUCGCGGAAUCGUGGUGCUGCUGUAUGGUGUAGAGCGGAGUGCGAUUGAGGGUGAACUCAAGACCCUCCUCAAGGGCGCGCCGUGCGUGACUUACGGUGAGCCAGACUUUUGGCGCAAGCUGCGCGGCCUGCUGCCGCAGUGUCGUGGCUUCAAGCACACCCUGCCGCACAGCGUCAGCGAGCAGUCGUACAUGGCGCGUGUCUGCCGCGACAACACGCUGCUGCAGUCCAUGCUGCAGAGCGACUCGUCGCCGACGUGCUCCACGGUCGUGUCGGACGACCGCUCCGACGACCCGGUGCACAUCCGCUCCGACUCCAACAACCCGCUGGUGAGCAACGCCCAGCCGCUGCACAACAGCAGUUACAGCAGCAUCCAGCCCAGCGAGCACACCUACAUGACCAUCGAGCAGUACCAGACGGCGGCCGGCGCGCUGCUCAGCCCCGAGGCCGACCUCUACAGCACCUUGGAGCCGGAGGUGCAGCCGCAGAUGCCCUCUGACCCGGCGCACCCGAGUCAUCUUUAUCAUCAACGGGAGCUGUCUCACUCGCUCUGGGUGUAGCCGUCGCUGGCUCGGUGUUGGACUGUUUCUCAGGCUGUGGUGUGGAGCGGGGCGGGCGAGUGCCGGACGACCGGCGGGCUCGUGUGACCCAUCCCACCACCAUGGGCGAGGCCGGUGGACUCAGACGUUUGGUCCGGCUGUGAUCUCGGCCGCAGAGGCAUCUUCCUCGGCAUCAGGUCACUACUGCCGACACUGCUGCUGCUGUAGGAGCUCCACUACUCGUCCGACUAAAGCUGCUAAGGUUUCUCUGCGGAUGCACCAGCCGGUUGAGUGACCUGACCUGACCUGCAUGGCCCUCUUCCGUCGCACCAUGCGGUACCGGACCACCAACCUACUCUCGGCGGCCGGGCCGGUCCUCGCGCCAGAUAAAGGGUCUCGUCCAAAACAAGCUAGUCAUGUAUGCAAGUGGUGAACCGAGUAUUAUACCCACCUAUGUUCUGCUAAUACAAAUGAUGAAGAUG